AGGCUGAUAGUUCAGGUGUGUGUCUGUGUGAGAGGGUAAAAUGGCCUUUAUUCCCGUGUCUCAAGAUGAGUUCAGCUGUUGUGUUUGUUUGGAUCUGCUGAAGGACCCGGUGACUGUUAGCUGUGGACACAGUUUCUGUUCGAGCUGCAUUACAGGCUGCUGGGAUCAAGAAGACCAGAAGGGUGUUUACAGCUGCCCCCAGUGCAGAGAGACCUUCACUCCGAGGCCUGUUCUACGCAGAAACACAAUGCUGACUGAAGUUAUAGAGAAGCUGAAGAAGACUGAACUGCAGUCUGAUGUUAAGGCUCCUUCCUAUGCCGGACCAGACGAUGUGGAGUGUGAUUUCUGCUCUGGGAGGAAACAUAAAGCCAUCAAGUCGUGUCUAACAUGCCUGGUUUCCUAUUGUGAAGUUCACAUUCAGCCUCACUAUGAAGUGCCUCGCUUUAGCAAGCACAAGCUGGUGAACGCCACCUCACAGCUACAGGAGAAGAUCUGCUCUCAGCAUGACAGGAUCAUUGAGGUGUUUUGUCGCACUGACCAGAAGUUAAUCUGUUUGUUGUGUUCAAUGGAUGACCACAGUGGACAUAAAACUGUCUCAGCUGUAGCAGAACGGACCGAGAGGCAGAACAAGUUGCUGGAGACGAAGGUGGAGAACCGGACACAGAUCCAGCAGAGAGUGAAGGAGCUGCAUGAGGUCCAUCAGGCCCUGCUAACGCUAAAGACCUCUGCACAGGAAGCUGUUGAGGAUUCUGAGAGGAUGUUCACUGAGCUGAUCAGCUUCAUGGAGCAAAAACGCUCUGAGGUGACCGAGUCGAUCAGAGCUCAGGAGAGGGCAGAGGUGAGUCGAGCUGAAGGACUCCUGGAGCAGCUGGAGCUGGAGAUCACUAAACUGAAGAGCAGAGAUGCUGACAUGGAGAAACUUCAACAGACAGAAGAUCAUAUUGAUUUCCUCCAGAGCUUUGAUGCCUGCUGCACUUCAUCUGUGUCAAAGAUUUGUUCCAGUGUAACUUUCACUCCACAUCUCUCCUCAACUGAUAUUAAGAGGCCGGCCCUUAAAGAGAUAGAACACAUGGUGUUGAGGUUAAAUUCAGAUCACAAAGCUACAAGCAUUGACUCCCAUCAGACUAGUGAACCCACACGUCCCCAUCAAAAAAGUGUCGUCCAAGAGAGAGGCUUCAGGGUGGGGGACAGAGUCCGAGUGAAGGCUUCUGUUAGAACUCCACAGUGGGGCUGGAGAAACGUCACUCACAGCAGUGUGGGUGUGAUAACAGACAUCAGUGUUUGGUGUAUUGUAGUUAAGUUUCCUGAGUGUACUUCCUGGGGGGCACCAGCCUCAGAGUUGGAGCUGGUCCUCUGAUCCCUCACAUGCCCUGAUUUAGAGGUCAUGACCUGACCUCUGGGCUUCAUGAAGGUCGUGAAGUGCAACAUGAUGCAGGUUCAUUACUGAUUUUGACACACCCAUCGUUUACAUUAACUACCCAGGCUCUCCACUCAGUAGCUUUGUCCUGAGGAGGGAAACCAAAUUCUGGCAACAGUCAGCAAUUGUGUUUUUGAUAGCAGGUUUGUUGCCAUGCAGCUAGUGAGCUGUACAGUUUUUGACCAUUUUUCAAGAAACUUUAUGAUGGAGUUUUACGACAGCAUUACAUACUGUUCCCAGUGACAUCACAUGCCGCUCCCAGUGACAUCAGCUCAUUGGUGUGUCCAGAUUACCGAUCUCCUGUUGGUUCACCUGCUGAUGUAAGUCCCCACCUACAGCCGUGGCCUACUGGUUGGGCAGCCGUGGCCUAGGUUGCCGGUUCGAUCCCUGACCAGUCCACGGCUGAAGUGCCCUUGAGCAAGGCACCUAACCCCUCACUGCUCCUUGAGCGCCGCUGGUUGGGCAGGCAGCUCACUGCUCUGGGUUGUGUGAUCACCUCACUGUGUGUUCACUGUGUGCUGUGUGUUCACUAAUUUGUUUAAAUUGGGUUAAAUGCAGAGAACUGAAUUUCCCUCAUGGGAUCAAAAAAGUAUAUAUUCUAUUAUUUUUUCUAGGUCCCCACCUGAAGCACACUGAAAGACUCAUGAGCUCACCUUUAUAUGCCCUCCAAUGGGAUCCCCUGUGCAGGUAGCCUUGGGGCUGUUGGUGUUGCUCUCAGUGCCUUUGUGUUCAACUGUGCCCCUGCUGGUUUCAGUGUGAAAGCCAUAUUUGUAGUUCAAUAAACUGCCAAUAAACAAACCUGCACUUGCAUCCAAG